AUGUUGUAAAUGUGCGAGUGUUCAUUAUCCCAGUGUUACUGAUGUGACCAGAAGAACCGUCUUUUUCCAGCAAGCCGAGACGUACGGAGGACGAGAAGACACUGCGGGAAAGAUUUUAAACAACGCUACCAGUUCUCUUGAAGGAUUCCCGUCCGAGGCCAAGUACAGCAAGACAGAAAUUGAGAAUGGUUUUGCUGAAUUCGCCCAAACCAUAAAGCAUUUAGGAUCAUUACUAAAAAUGGCAUUUUGUAGAAAGCAGUUGGUUUGGAGUUACAGCCUUUUCUUGAUUGUAUUGUCAUCUAAAGGAAGCUUCAUUCUCAGAAAUGACACCGAUGACAGCAAGAUGUUGCCUUCGAGGGUAGGAGAGUUCGUUGCAAAAAAUGCACAACAGUCCCAAGAUGUCAGUUCAUUGAAGAAUUUUACAAGUAAAAUUUCACCAGAAUUUCAUCAAAGUCCUAAUGAAGAUGGCCUUGAUAAGACUCCAAUUAAAUGUUCUAGUGACAGUGAAAACUGUAAAGUCAGUAGCAAUAUAAGAACUAGUCAAAUAGACAACAGCAUAGAACUUAUGCCUGCAUCUUUUUUUCCAAACAAAACUAAAGCCACUGCCAUAAAUGAACAAAAUUCAGGCAUGGAAGAUGGCAUACUAAAGCAGGAAAAUUCUUCCUCCAAAAUUUCUGAUAUUAAAAUGCUCCAGAAACCUAUCAAAAAAUUGGAUUUCAGUGUAUUCAAGGAGUUGUUUUUAAAGUGCCUUGAUAAGGAAUUUUAUGAAAGGUUUUAUUUAGAAAAAAACAAAGUUGAUAGUGAUGGCAACUUUACCAAUAUAUCAAAAUUGCUUAAGGCACUUUGUCACAAAGCUGCAGAAAAUUCAAAGAAUGCCAGUUGCAGCUUUAAAACCCAAACUCUUGAAACAGACUUAGGUAAAACUGGGAACAAAAUAUCAAUAAAAAAUUUAUGUUUUUUAUUAAAUACAUCUGAAGUAAAUUACAUGAUCAAUACAUCAUUGAUUGGAUUAGGUUCUACCAAUCUUAUUCACAAGAAUUUGACAAUGCUUCACCAAUAUUUUCCUUUAAGACUGAAGAAACCUGAAGUAGUAGUCGAUGAUGUUUUAUUAGAUGAGGAGAGUGGUUUACCUCACGAUUCCAAAAAAGGCAUUGGCUUUCGAAUGUUUUACUGGACCUAUGUGUCUGCUUUUCUAUAUGGAGCCAGUUAUCUAACCAGUUUUCUAUUCAGUCGGUUUUCCAUACCUGGUUUAGUCAUGAAUUUAAUUCUUUUCCAGUUUUUCCCUGAUAUUAUCCAAUCUCCUGUAUUUCAGUCAUUCGAUUUAGCACUGUCUGCUCUGUAUUCAUCUUUGUAAAUUUCACCUUGAGCAUCAUUGCAGUGGUUAUGACUUACUAAUACAGUUGUUUUACUGGAAGGUUGGGUUUCAUGCAAAAUAAUACAAUACUUUAUUUCAGGAUUUUUGUUUUGUACUGAAUUUGUAUUACAAUAAAAGAUUUUUAUAUCUGA